AAUACUUUCCCCGCAUCAAUAGUUUUAAAUGAAUGGAGAAAACCUCGAAAUUUCACCAAAUUCGGAAGAUUAGGUGUCUUAUAUAACACUAAUCACAAAUCAAAUUUUGUCAGUAGUCUAUACAUCUCAUUUCUUCCCGAUGUUGUUCUUUGAAGAUUGGUAUAAUAAAAUCCCCAUAGGUUCAGCUCAGUAUAGUACCCAAGCAGUUUGAGUAUCCAGACUGAAUGUUCGUCAACGUAGGUUAGGAAAUAUAUUAAGUGUCCUUAUCCAUUGACUACCUUGACGCGCAGUUACAACUGGUGUAAGAGUUGGUUAAAAGAAACCAGUUCAUGUAAACAUCAACUGAUGAACUUGGCCAUCUCGGUAGGUGAAGGCUACCUGGCUGUGGUUCACAUGGUCAUCAUAACCAAUGAUCGGAGACUGGGUGACAUGGUUCAGAUACUCUUUGUCUUCUCUUGGGUCUGCGGUUUCUAAGUUAUCGUACAAACUCGUCUUUUUCCCACUAAUGCAUUUUUGAAGAUGCGAUUUCAGAGGCAUCGAUUGAUACAUUAUCUUUUGUGUUGCCACAGCUAUUAUAACCACUUCUAUUGUUAUAAGGAUGGUCCCUUCAAUUUUGUCUUGCUGAACUAUUGGAGUUCGUCAGCUAGAAUUAACGUACUCAUGUGACAGGAUCUACGUUGAAUAUGACUGACCAAUGUUCGGUGAAUGAGUAUACCUUUUAUGUUGGCAAUAUAUUUACUCUUGUAAUAGACCACCAUCACUAACCUUAGAUUUAUUUAGGGCUUUUCGAAGCAGCGUUAGAAACUAGUAUUACCCUCAAUAGGAUAGUCGAUUCAAAGUGAUGAAUGGUUCAGUAAGCUCACUUGUAUUUCUUUUGUUUGUAGCUGAACUUUAUUAUUGAUUGUAUUAUAAAUCAACAAAUAGUAUCAAUCCCUCUAACUAGGUAAUGAAUGCUAAUAAUAAUAAUAGAGUGUCUUAUUACGUACAUAAGUAUAUGAGUGCCGUGAUGUUUUCGAAGCGAAAUCUGAUUUAGAGACUAGUCUCUAAUCUGAAGAUUCCGUAAUCUGAGCGCUUGCAUUUGUGCAUUUUUAAAAAUAAAAUGUAACACUAUUCUUCGUUUUUAGGUUAUGAUAUGCUCAAAAUACACUUCUAGUAAGUUUCGAUUACUUCUAUUUGCAGAUUUGUUCCAUAAUGUGUUUCGCUGGGCUUCCAGUCAGGUGGUUCUCAAUAGUACAAAUAUACCAGACUUAAAAGGACCGAGGUCUUUGAAUGCUGUUGCAGAGAAAACCCCACAACCAAAUAUUUUGGGCCAUCAUGUAAUUACAGAGGAAUGUUUGACUUCAUUAGUGGAAGAUAAACAAUAUUACGAAACCCCCAUUCUUCAUUUGCUCUCACGGAGAAACAACGUGAUUGCAACAUUAACUGACUGUAAUGGACGAGUCCUGAAUGGCACUAGUUGUGGUGCCGAAGGUUUUCGGAACGCUCGUAAAAUGUCUACUGUUGCUUUUCAAACUGUGGGUAUCUCCAUAGGACUGAAGGCGAAAAAACUUGGGAUUGGGGCUGUGCGUGUUGUAUUUAAUGGGUUAGGGUCAUGUAGGUUGCCUGUGCUCUCAGGUUUGAAUAUCUCGGGACUAAAGAUGAUCUCUCUGACGGAUGAUACAAAAGUUCAUUAUGGCCAUGGAAGAAGACCUAGAAAACAACGUAGGGUUUAAAAGGAACUUUCAUAUCACUUAAUGUAAUCAUAGUAGUGGGAGUGUACAUAAAAUAAACCCUAAAUUUUGGGC